GCUGGGCUCAAGCAAUCCUCCCUCCUCAGCCUCACUGGCAGCUGGCAUUACCGGUCCCGCCUAGCCUGCUUCUCCCUGUGCAACCCCCAGACCCAGAGGCUCCAGAGCAGCUCUGGAACAGCGGAAAUCUGGCUUUGGCCCACACAUUCACCAAAUAUUGACAAAGCACCCUUGACCUCCAGAUGCCCCUGAGCUCUCUUCCGCGCCCAGACUGCGGGGAGGAAGGGGUCCUCCAGGCCAAAGGCAGGGAGGUCUCCGGGAGGUCCCCGCGGUCCUGGAGGCAGGCCCGCCACGAUGACCAUCAUGGUGGAGGACAUCAUGAAGCUGCUGUGCUCCCUUUCUGGGGAGAGGAAGAUGAAGGCGGCUGUCAAACACUCUGGGAAGGGUGCCCUGGUCACAGGGGCUGUGGCCUUCGUCGGGGGUUUGGUGGGCGGCCCGCCGGGACUCGCCGUUGGGGGGGCUGUCGGGGGGCUGUUAGGUGCCUGGAUGACAAGUGGACAGUUUAAGCCAAUUCCUCAAAUCCUAAUGGAGCUGCCCCCUGCCGAGCAACAGAAGCUCUUUAAGGAAGCCAUGGCCAUCAUCAGGCACCUAGAGUGGACGGAUGCCGUGCAGCUGACCGCGCUGGUCAUGGGCAGCGAGACCCUGCAGCAGCAGCUGCUGGCCAUGCUGGUGAACUAUAUCACCAAGGAGCUGCGGGCCGAGAUCCAGUACGAUGACUAGGCUGCGCCUCCGGGGAGGUGGGGGGCCCCUUUAGAUGACUCUGUGACUCUGAAGAGGUGGCUUGGGAGUUGGGAGAAGCCCAGUGGAUGCCCCUGGGGAAUCUCCACGUCAUCAGUGUAUUACUAGCAACGUCCUGCUGGAGAGGCCACCGCCGUGCAGUGUCACGUUCCAGACGUUACUCAUGAAGCAGUGUGUGUUGGUAGCAUGUUCACUGGUGUGCCAUGACAGCCCUCUGACUGCCCCCUGGUGAAGAGUAAAGGCCUCGGAGGCAUCUGCUGAGUCCUCUCACCCGUGUGGGUCUGGGGAAGUGAUCAUGCUCAGUGACGGUCUGACUGCACCUCAUCCUCCGCUGGGGGCCUUCUCAUCUUGGGAGAUGACUCCUCUUCCAAGCACCUGCUGCAGUACUGGAUCCCACCCCCCUGUAGGUCUCAGGGCCUUGGAGCAGCCCAUGCUGGAAUCACGUUUACCUCUUAGUGCAACCCUCUGCUACCCAGGGACUGCUGAAUUGCCCCAUGGAGGGGACGGGCGGCCUGCUGAGUGAAGCCUCAAAUACCAAGUGGACUUGACCUCGGCCCCCACUAGGCUGCACACCUAGACUCGCCCUGCCAGGGCCUUACUCUUCCCAUCUGAAAAGUCAUGGUAGUUCUUGAGGUUUAUUUCUCAAAUGAAAUAUUUUUAGCAAAAAGUACAGGCAUAUCUCGGAAAUAUUGUGGGUUCAGUUCCGGACCACCUCAGUAAAGCCAACAUCACAGUAAAGCAAGGAAACACAUUUUUUUGGUUUCCCAGUGCAUAUGAAAGUCAUGUUUACUCUAUAUUGCAGUCCAUUAAAUGUGCAAUAGCAUUAUGUUUAAAAAAUGUACAAACCUUAAUUUAAAAAUAUUUAUUGUUCAAAAUGCUGACACAGAGACACAAAGUGAGCACACGGCUGUUGGAAAAUGGUGCCAAAUAGACUUGCCUGAUGCCGGGCUGCUACAAACCUUCAAUU